GACAAAGUGAGCUGUCAUUUUUCUGUCCAUUGAAGAAUCAUCAUAGUUGAUUAUCUAAAACAAAAGUUUGUUUGCUGUCUACGUUAAUAGUAUUAAAAAUGUUUCGUGCUAAUAAUUUUGAUAAGUUACUUGAUAAAGCGACAAGUAAUCUACGCCUAGAUCCCGAUUGGCCCUCUAUCUUACAAAUUUGUGAUUUAAUUAGACAAAAUGAUUGUUCACCGAAAUAUGCAGUUGUUGCUGUGAAGAAGAAACUAUACUCACAAAAUCCUCACCAGGCUAUGUUUGCACUCUUGGUGCUUGAAAGUAUAGUAAAAAAUUGUGGUUCAGGAGUUCAUGAUGAGGUGGCAUCAAAGGCUUUCUGUGAAAUGCUCCGUGAUUUGGUGAAAACCACUCAACACGAAAACUUAAAAACCAAGAUUCUGGAAUUGAUUCAAGCUUGGGCAUUUGCUUUUAGAAAUAAUCCCAAAUACAGAGCUGUUCAGGAUACAGUUAAUAUUCUAAAAGCUGAAGGCGGACACAAAUUCCCACCGCUCAAAGAAUCAGACGCAAUGUUUUCUGCCGACACUGCACCUGAGUGGGCUGACGGAGAAGUUUGUCACAGAUGCCGCACAGCAUUCACGUUGAUGGUACGCCGUCACCACUGCCGUGCAUGUGGUCAAGUAUUCUGUCAACAGUGCAGUUCCAAAACAUCAACAUUACCUAAAUUCGGUAUUGAAAAAGAGGUCCGAGUGUGUGAUGCCUGUUUUGAUAAAGUAAGCCGUCCACCAUCUUCAACUGCAAAAUUAGAAAUCGUCGAUACAGCUAAUGACUAUGGCCCAGCUCCAGCACAGAAACGCCCUGGAAAGUCAGCUGAGGAACUUCAAGAGGAGGAGGAACUUCAAUUGGCCCUCGCCCUUAGCCAAUCUGAAGCUGAACAAAAAGAGAAAGAACGAAGAUCUAGAUCUUUCAUUGCACCAGAGCCAACUUUGCAUCCCACAAUAUCGCCUACGCCCUCUUCGGUGAGCGCUUCUCCGGAGCACACGACAACUUCCAACACCGAGCUGUCUCGCUACUUGGACAGGAACUACUGGGAACAGCGACUGUCGCGCGACGCGGCCGCUGCGCCGACAGCUCCUGCUUCUCAUGUUUCGAAUGAAACGUCUGAGCAAGAUUUUAGUAAGCCGUCAACUACUAAGGAUCAAGAAGAUGAAGCUCAAGAUAAAGAAAUUGACGAUUUUGUAGAAACACUCAAAUCUCAAGUGGAGAUUUUUGUUAACAGAAUGAAAAGUAAUUCCUCGCGUGGUCGAUCAAUUGCAAAUGAUACGUCAGUACAGACUCUAUUCAUGAACAUUACUGCGAUGCAUUCUAAAUUAUUACGUUACAUUCAACAACAAGAUGAUAAACGAGUCUAUCUAGAGAGCUUGCAGGAUAAAAUAACCCAAGUACGCGACAGCCGUGCGGCUCUAGAUACGUUGCGUGCUGAACACGCCGCUCGUCUUGCUCAAGCAGCAGAGGCCGCAGAGAGACAAAGACAAAUGCAAAUGGCAGUUAAAUUGCAAGCUAUGAGGAAGAAAAAACAUGAGUAUCUGCAGUACCAAAGGCAGCUCGCUUUGCAAAGAGUACAAGAACAAGAAAGAGAAAUGCAAAUGAGACAAGAACAACAGAAACACCAGUAUAUGAUGUCGGCAAACAGUGGCUUCUACAUGCCCGGAGUUUCAAUGCAUCAGUACCAACCCGGAUAUCCCAAUCAGCCCUUAUAUGCCAACCCUCAAUUUCAUCCACAGAUGAUGCCCCAACCUACAACUGAUGGUUCUAUGCCCAUGCCUGGCCAAACUCAAAUAUCUCAAGCUAAUAUCCCAAUGAACGUAAAUCAAAUGGGAACUAUAUCUCAAUCAAUGCCACAAAUGACCAAUACUUAUGCCAUGUCUACUACUGGCGUAGCAUUAAACCAACAACCAACUAGUGUCCAAGCUCCAAUGAACCAGCCAAAUAUGCGACCAAUGAGCCAACAGCUGCCAAUACAGCAGCAAAUGAUGUUGCAACAGAUGCAACAAAUGCGUUUACCGAAUCAGCCUGGCGUUCAUCAAAUCAUUCCACCGAAUGUACCGAAUGGCUUACAGGGUCAGAAUAUUCCUCAACAAAAUCCUCAGGGUCCUCAACAAUUACAAAAACAAAAUGUACCAAAUCAGGCUCAGCAAAUGCCUCCAAUGACAAUUGGACAGCCAAAUAUGAACCAACAGAACAACCCCAACAAUCCAAUGUUUGCAAUGCAGCUACCAAAUAUGAGAAUGCCAUUGAUGCAAAAUAAUCAGCCAAGUAACAACCCACAAAUACCUGUUUCAGGAUACCCCAUGAAUGUCCAAAAUCCUCAAAGUAACCAACAAACACAGGCUCAACUCCCAAAUAUGCCACACAUGUCCCAAAUGCCUUUACCUGGGCAACCUAUCAAUAUGCCAGUUCAACCUGUCAUUCAGAAUCAAUCAUUACCUGGUCACAAUCAACAGUUAACUCAAGGACCUCAAAUGUCUCAGAGUCAAGGACAACAAAUUCCACAGUCACAAUCAACACAAGGACAAACAAUGCCCAUGCAAGUCCACCCCACACAACAGGGUCAACAUGUGAUGAUGCAAGGUCAGCCCAUGCAGCAUCAAGGUCAAAACAUUCAGCACCAAGGACAACAGCCGAACCAAAAUAUGAUGAACCAAAACCAGCAAAUGCCUCCUAAUUCAAUGGCAACUAAUCAGCAAGGACAGCAAAUGGGCCCCGGGCAACAGAUGCCUCAUCAUAUGAUGGCUGGUGCUAUGCCACCGCAACAUCCACAAAUGCAAGGCCAAGUACCACAACAGAUGACAAGUCAGGGACAACAGCAACAGCAAGGUGGAAUACCUCAGAACAUGCAAGGGCAACCUAUGAAAGUUCAACAGAACUUUGGAAAUGGCCCACCUAACCAACAGCAAGUGCCAAAUCAACAAGUGCAACAAAUUCAGACUCCCGUUAAGUCUGAACACAAUAACAAUACCGCAGAACUUAUAAGUUUCGAUUGAAUCUAAAACAUUCGUGUGAUGUAGAGAUCUAUAUUAUGAUUAGACUGUUUAUUUAUAAUUUUAAUGGGAAUUUUCGACAAGUUUGACUCACCUAGGAAUGUGAUAAUUUAAAUUCUUAAAGUAAUUAUAAGCAUGUACUCAUUCAGCUUUUAAAUAUUUUUGAUGUUGGAACUAUUGUUAAUAUUAGAUGAUCGCCCAAAUCCCUGUCACGUACAUCACAGCCUUACAUUAAACACGAUAAUGAUUCACAGGCAGUAGUCAAUUUAGAUUUUAGAGAAAUGGCCUUGUAAUCUAUGUAAAUGUGCUAAUGUGUAAAAUAUCUCUCGUAUGUCGUAGUUUUAUUUAGAUAAUAAUAUAAAAU